ACCACUUCGGGCCGGCUCCCGGCGACGCCCUCAGAGGGGCGGCCCUGCGCUUGGAGCCCAAGCACCCGCGAGCCACCCCACGCCCCCGGGCGUUCCCACUCCGCCGGGAGGGGCGGCGCAGAGCCAGGGCACCCAGGGAGUCCCGGGCGCCGCUAACCGCCUUGAGCAGUUUUGCGCGCGGGGGCUCCCCACGCGCCCGCGCCCGGCUGCAGGAGCGGCGGCGAGAUGGCGGCGCGUGUCGGCCUCCUGCUGCGCGCCCUGCCGCUACUGCUGUGGGGCGGCCUGGACGCCCAGCUCUCCGAGCGCGGAGGCCAGGAGCUGCGCAGGGAGGCGGAGGCAUUCCUGGAGAAGUACGGAUAUCUCAAUGAGCAGGUCCCCAAAGACCUCACCGCGGCAAGAUUCAGCAACGCCAUCAGGAAGUUCCAGUGGGUAUCUCAGCUGCCCAUCAGCGGCGCGCUAGACCCUGCCACCCUGCGCCAGAUGAUGCGGCCCCGCUGUGGGGUGGCAGACACAGACAGUCAGGCGGCCUGGACUGAGAGGGUUAGUGCCCUGUUCGCCGGACGCCGGGCCAAAAUGAGGCGUAAGAAACGCUUUGCAAAGCAAGGCAGCAAGUGGUACAAGCAGCUCCUCUCCUACCGCCUGGUGAACUGGCCACAGCACCUCCCGGAACCGGCAGUUCGCGGGGCCGUGCGUGCCGCCUUUCAACUGUGGAGCAACGUCUCAGCGCUGCAGUUCUGGGAGGCUCCAGCCACAGUCCCCGCUGACAUUCGCCUCACCUUCUUCCAAGGGGACCACAACGAUGGGCUGGGCAAUGCCUUUGAUGGCCCAGGGGGCGCCCUGGCGCACGCCUUCCUGCCCCGCCGGGGCGAAGCGCACUUCGACCGCGACGAGCGCUGGUCCCUGAGCCGCCGCCGCGGGCGCAACCUGUUCGUGGUGCUGGCGCACGAGAUCGGCCACACGCUCGGCCUGCCGCACUCGCCUGCGCCGCGCGCGCUCAUGGCGCCAUACUACAAGAGGCUGGGCCGCGACGCGCUGCUCAGCUGGGACGACGUGCUUGCCGUGCAGGGCCUGUAUGGGAAGCCCCAGGGGGGCUCCGUGGCCAUCCAGCUCCCAGGAAAACUGUUCACUGACUUUGAGGCCUGGGACCCCCACAGACCACAGGGAAGGCGCCCCGAAAUUCAGGGUCCUAAAUAUUGCCACUCUUCCUUUGAUGCCAUCACUGUAGAUGGGCAACAGAGACUGUACAUUUUUCAAGGAAGCCACUUCUGGGAGGUGUCCGCGGAUGGCAAUGUCUCAGAGCCACGCCCACUACAGGAAAAGUGGGCGGGGCUGCCCCCCCACAUUGAGGCUGCUGCCGUAUCAUUGGACAGUGGAGACUUCUACUUCUUCAAAGGGAGCCGAUGCUGGAGGUUCCGGGGCCCCAAGCCAGUGUGGGGUUCACCACAGCUGUGCAGGGCAGGGGGCCUGCCCCGCCACCCCGACGCCGCCCUCUUCUUCCCUCCUCUGGGCCGACUCGUCCUCUUCAAGGGUGCCCGUUACUACGUGCUGGCCCCAGACGGACUGCAGGUGGAGCCCUACUACCCCCGAGGCCUGCGGGACUGGGGUGGUGUCCCCGAGGAGGUCAGCGGUGCCCUGCCACGGCCGGACGGUUCAAUCAUCUUCUUCAGAGAUGACCGCUACUGGCGCCUUGACCAGGCCAAACUACGGGUGACCACCUCGGGCCGCUGGGCCGCAGAGCUGCCCUGGAUGGGCUGCUGGCAUGCCAAUUCGGGGGGCGCCCUCUUCUGAUGCUCCCACCCCUUAGUGAAUUGCUGGUGCCCUCAUGGCCGUGUAUCCUCUGCCCCAGGAGAAGGACCUGUCUUGGAAGCCUCCGAGCCUCCCUGCACAAGACCAGGCAGGAAAGUUGGCAUUUGUGCCCUGGAGAAUGGCUUUGUGCUCUUCAGACAUCGAUCUUUAUGGGAUCAAUCCAAGGAGAAACCAGAAAGGGUCUCCAACGCUACAGCCCUUCCCCUGAAGGACUCUCCUCCCCAAGCCUUAGGGAUUUUGUUUCUUCUGCUAAAGGUACACUUCUGUCUGGGAGGCAACAGCACUGGGCAGCUAGGGAGGGUGCAGAACUUGAUGGAGAGGUUGGCAAGACUUCGCAAGACUGUCUCCUUCCUCUCAGGACCUCCUGGCUCAGUUUUUGGAGAAUUGUGUCUUUUUAAAUGAGAAGCCUCACCCCAGGAAACUUGGGUGGGUUGGGUGCAAGGAUUUCCAACCUCAGAGUGCCUUGGGGGUAAUAGUGGGAGGUCAGCACCCGGAGCAAGAGGGAGACUGAUGCAGGCCUGCUGGGCGCCAUUUGGGGGGGUGCUGAAAUAAAGUGGAGCUCCCAGCUUGUGGGCCCCAAAGCAGG